ACUGCAGCAAGCGUCCACAAAACAGACUUUUUGACACAGUAAAAAUAAAAAAAAUCUUUGUCAAUCUGUGUCCCUGAGUUACUUCUGUCUCUAACGUGGUCAAGAUGCUUGUGGACGAACGGAUUGUAGUGCUGUUCAAGAGGAAUGCCCAUCACACGUUGACCUACUGGAGCGUUUUCUUCAGCUUCGGACUCUGCAUCGCUUUCCUCGGGCCGACCAUUUUGGACUUGCAAUGUCAAACCAACUCGACGCUCAGCCAGAUCACCUGGGUCUUCUUCGCCCAGCAGUUCUGCCUGUUGAUCGGCAGCUCUAUUGGCGGCAUUUUCAAAAAGACGUUGUUCCGUGCCCUCGGAGCCUUAUUCGUCUCCGCUCUCAUCAUCUCUGUGAUAUUCGCCAUCAUCCCUUUUUGCAAUAAUGUCCUCCUGCUGGCCAUCGCCAUGGCUGUGUCCGGUUUGGCGAUGGGCAUCAUCGACACCAUUGCCAACAUCCAGCUGGUGACCAUCUAUCAGAAGGACUCUGCUGUUUUUUUACAGGCUCUUCACUUUUUCAUCGGGUUCGGAGCCCUGGUGAGCCCCCUGAUCGCAGAUUCCUUCCUCUCAGAGACGGGCUGCGGGAAUCACACGGCGAACCAGACCGAGGUGAUUCAUCAUGUCAGGAGCAUGCUGAGGAACAGUCCCAUUGCAGAGCACAACAUAACUCAAGGCCCGCUGUCUCAUGAGGGAGGGAGCUGGGAGCCCAGUGUGCACACGGCUUUCUGGAUCAUGGCAUGUAUUAAUCUGCCUGUGCCACUGGCCGUGUUGUUCCUGAUGUACCGGGAGCACCUGAUCCCGUGUCUUCCCAGCAGCACUCCCAACCUCCUGGAUAAAGAUGAACUGGCGAUGGAGAACCAGCAGGGGGCUGAGGGCCAGGAGGUGGAGGAGAGGGAACAUGAAGCAGGAGGUCAUGGGGAUAUCUUCGGCUGCUGUCAGAAUGAUAACCUGCGUGGUUUGCCAGCGUCUUUCUUCAUGAUUCAUAUCUUCGGUGGGCUGGUGCUCUUCAUGACCGACGGUAUUGUGGGUGUAUAUGCUGGCUUCGUGUACACGUUCGCUGUGGAAGCUCACCCGACACUGUCCCAUCAGACGGCAGGUUACCUGCACAGUAUCUUUUGGGCAGCCAUCACCGCUGGACGCCUGUUGUCCAUUCCUCUGUCGUUUCGUAUCCAGCCCAUGAAACUGCUCAUGAUCAACCUGGUGGGGGCCAUUCUUACUGUGCUGAUGCUGCUCAUUUUCUACAACAGCAGCAUCUUCCUGUUUGUUGGUACCGGUUUAUGUGGGCUGUUCCUCAGCAGCAUCUUCCCCUCUAUGCUCGCCUACACCGAAGACAUCCUCGAUUACCAGGGAUGUGCAACCUCAGUCCUGGUGACAAGUGCAGGGAUGGGAGAGAUGGUGAUGCAGGUUGUCAUGGGCCAAAUCAUCCAGACUGAAGGCAGCUACAGCUUCCUGUUGUGUGGAGUGAUAAUCGCCUGCAUGGGACUUAUCUUCUUCAUCGGGCUGCUGCUGUUCCAUCGAAUGCACAGAAAUUACCUAUUAGGAACAUCGAAAAAGUCCACCAUGGUGGAGGAAGCGUCGGCAGCAGAGCGGAACGGAUCCGCAAAAACAGAAGCCAAAGAGGAGAAAGAGAGCAGCUGAGAGACAGCCGUGUGUUCACCCAAGCUGGCCACUGGAGGAGAUGAAGAAUAAUUGCCAUUUAGCGUCAAAAUACUUCACAUUAUUUACCUGAGCCUACAAAAUUUCCACUUCAUGUGCUGAUAUACUUCCAUAUAUUUGGGAAUACCAUGUUUUUUUCCAAGUAGAUUAUUUGCUACUGUCAGAGGUUAUAGUUUAAAUUCUUAGAGUGUUUUUCUAUUUUGUUAAUCACAUUACUGUUUGUGUGUUUUAUAUGACAUAACGAUACAGGGUUAAUGAUUGUGUCAGCAGUUUGCCAUGGAAAAUAUACCUUUGUAGACUCAACACCUUUUUCUGUAUUUGCAUUUUAAAUGUAAUAUUUUGUUUCCAUGUGUUUUGCAUAUCUUUUGUUAUAUGUAAAAGAAAAUACACAUACUGUGUAAUAUGUAUAUUAAAGCUCUUAUCCCGAGAUGGGGAACAUAUA